AUGUCAAACAAAACUACUCAGUAUUUCAACCAAGAAAAUGUUAUCCUUAUUGACUGGGUCAAUUCUUUAAGCAUCCCCUCAUGCUUGCUGGUGUCAAAUUCCAACGAUUUAAAAGGCGGCUGUGCUUUGUGUGACAUUGCAGCCCAAAUUCUGAAUAAAAUCCCUUUCCAAAAUAUCUACAGAGACCAAGCUUUGCCAGAGCACAAAGCUAUUCACAAUUUGCGAGUCCUUAUCAAAGAAAUCAAAGGAAUUUUGCCUGAAAGUCUAAGAAAUCUGACUGCGGAGCUGCUUUACCAAGACGAUUCCAAAAUUUUUGCGCUCUUAAAAUGGUUUGUCAGGGUUCUUGACAUGCCUUUUUAUGAUAAGCUUCGUUCCAUAUUCAGAAGAAUCCAAACCGAAGGACGUGUAAUUUUUACCCAGGAAUCCGAAAUGACUGACCGUCCAAGAAUUUCCGAGUCAAACGAACGCAUCACAACUCCCUCCUUAUCAACUGUAAAGCCAACCCUGGGAGUAAACAAGCAGCUGAUGAGCACAUACGAGGAUUUAAAAAUGAAAAACCUCAAUCAAGUGCUAAACAGCACUGACGACAGGCCAAACCAAGUUUCAAAAAGACUGUUUGAGCCCUUAGCAUAUAAAGGGACUAAUCUUGUCAGUCUACUCAAAGAUCUGCAUGUUAUAGACGCAAAUUCGUCUGAUGGCGACUUUAUGAACCUAUGCACAAAUGGAGUUUUAUUUGGAGACCUAGUAAAUGUGCUGGAAGGAAGGGAAGAAAAAGUAAAAGGAAUUAAUAGAAAAACAAGAACGCCGACAGAUAAAGCUGCUAAUAUAAGCAAGGCGCUUAAGUAUUUAAGAGGAAUGUCAAAGAUGGACAGCACUUAUCUGUGGAGUGAAAAAGAAAUCUUAGCUGGGAAUAUUGAAGUCAUUUUAGGGCUGAUUUAUCAGAUUUUGACGUUCUAUAGAAGAAUUCCUAGAAAUGAGCAACAAUUGUUGGUGCCGAGAACUCCCAGAGAGCCGAAACAUGACUUUGAGCCAAUUUUGACAAGAAAUAGCGACGUGUUAUCAUCAUCAAAAUCGGUGAAAAAAUUAAAUAGAGAGUAUCCUUCACUGCUUGUGACUCCUACAUAUGAAAAUAUUCAUACAGCUCCUAUCAUGAUUACUCAAGAAAUUAUUGAUAGGACUAUUGAUUGGCUUGUCUCAUUAGAGUUAGGACAUCUUAUAUCAACUCAGAGUAGGGAGUUUACUACUGAUAACUUAAGGAAUGGGGUGCUAUUCUGUGAGCUUGCUUCGAUUAUCACAAAGAUACCAAAUCUGGUUAAAUACAAAACUCCCAGGACUCUUGCUGAAGCUAAAGAAAAUAUUGAAAUUGCUUUUAAUACCUUAAGAGAAGUGGCACGAGAAGUCCCAGUUUCAUUUUUUUAUCAGGCAGAAAACGUUAUAAAAGGUGAUAUUAACGCUAUUUGGGGACUUCUCUGCCAUUUGAUGCUGAGUUAUCCUAAUUUAUUGCCUAUUUCUCCUAACAUAGCUGAGUUGCCUUAUUUUCCUCUACAAAUUCAAGAAUUGGAAGCAUCACUUUUAGACUGGAUUAUGUCCUUAGGCGUUGUCGACAGAAAUAACGCUCCUUCUACUUUCCAAGAGCUUAUCCCUGACUUAAUUUCUGGCGUCCUCUUAUGCGACCUCGUAAGCCGAAUCCUAGAAAAGCCAAUAACAGGGAUAUUCCGUUCCCCCAAAACUGAGCAAUUAGCCUUAUCCAAUAUCAAGCGUGCGCUGGCUCCUUUAAGAAUUGAACGAAGAAUGAGCUUAAAGUACGUCUUCAGCGAAGCUGAAAUUCUUAAAGGAAAUUUAGGGGUAAUAUUAGGACUCCUAGAGGACCUAAGAAGAUUUUCUGAUGGACUUCCUCCACGUAAAAGAGGCACUAACUAUCAUAGCAACGGCCCUUAUCUUGGAUCAGCCUUAUCCAGGAGUACCUCAGCACAGAAACUCAACCAAAGCAAGUUGCUGACAAAUGUUGAGGAUUCUCCUAUGGUUUCUCCUAUAUAUAGUCCACGCUUUUACUUGUCUAAAGAAACCGCAGGCUCUCAAUCACGAAGGCUACUGUCUACAGAAAGGUCAGCUUUGUCUAUUUUCAAAAGCUUGAACAGCAGCUCAGAAGAAGCCAAAUAUCAAUGUCCUGAGGGCUUUUCCUGGCUAGAGCAUUUAAAUAUAAAGCUUCCUGAAAAUUUGAACUUAGAAGCAGACAAUAUACAGGAAUUUCGGACUGGCCUUUUCUUAUGCGAAAUUAUAUCAAAGCUGGAGAGAAACCCUAUUGAAGGGAUGCAUUAUAAAGUAAGCAGCCAAGCUGCAUGUCGGCAUAAUAUAGCUAAAGCGUUUCAGAUUUUGAGGACCAAGCCUUCAUUUCCAAGCGAGCUUUAUUUUUGUGAAGAUUUUGUGUACUGCGGAGAUGCAAAAACUAUUAGAAAAGUGCUAAGGGCGAUAUACAAAGUUUAUAGGAGAACAAUUAGCAACUUCAUCAGCUUUAGUAGAAGAAAAAAUUCAAAAUUAGCUGUUGAAUAA